AUGGCAGGGAACUUCUGGCAGAGCUCCCAUUAUCUGCAGUGGGUUCUGGACAAGCAGGACCUGAUGAAAGAACGCCAGAAGGAUCUCAAGUUUCUUUCAGAGGAGGAGUACUGGAAACUUCAGAUAUUCUUUGCCAAUGUCAUCCAGGCCCUGGGGGAACACCUGAAGUUACGGCAGCAGGUCAUUGCUACAGCAACGGUGUAUUUUAAACGAUUCUAUGCCAGGUACUCCUUGAAGAGUAUAGACCCAGUUCUUAUGGCUCCAACCUGUGUAUUUCUGGCCUCUAAAGUUGAGGAGUUCGGGGUUGUGUCCAACACCCGGCUGAUCUCUGCAGCAACAUCUGUAUUGAAAACAAGAUUUUCCUAUGCAUUUCCAAAAGAGUUCCCGUACAGAAUGAAUCAUAUAUUAGAAUGUGAGUUCUACCUUUUAGAGUUGAUGGACUGCUGCCUGAUUGUGUACCACCCCUACAGACCCCUGUUGCAAUAUGUACAGGAUAUGGGGCAGGAAGACAUGCUACUGCCUCUGGCCUGGCGAAUAGUGAAUGACACUUACAGGACAGACCUUUGUCUACUCUACCCACCUUUCAUGAUAGCCCUCGCCUGUCUGCAUGUUGCUUGUGUGGUGCAGCAGAAAGAUGCCAGACAGUGGUUUUCUGAGCUCUCUGUUGACAUGGACAAGAUCCUGGAGAUCAUCCGUGUGAUUUUGAAGCUGUAUGAUCAGUGGAAAAACUUUGAUGACAGAAAAGAGAUGGCUGCUGUGCUGAACAAGAUGCCUAAACCCAAGCCUCCUCCGAACAGCGAGAAUGACCAGAGCUCCAAUGGGAACCAAAACAACUCCUACAGUCAAUCAUAGACAACACACAUUACCCAUCAGUUUGGUGUUGUGUCGGCAGACAUUUUGGAAAUGUCACACAGCGUCACUCUUUACGAUAUCAUUUUGGAAACCAUGCAUGUCAACUGGCUGAAGAACAUGUCCUUCCUUCUUUGACUGAUGCCCCAACCCAAACUGGAUGGCCAUUUUUUCCACAUGCUCAGUCCCCUUCUCUGAUUGUCACAGGCUUAUCUACCCAGGAAUUCAUCACCAGAAUGCCUGCAUUGUACAGCCAAGCAGAGAGAGCUGGCAGUUUUAUCGUCUCCAUAAGGCCAUUUUCUUAUGAACUUGAACUGAACCAACACAGAGAAAGACAGCGGCACAUGAGGAAGGGGGAUUGUGGGGAAAGAGAUUUGGAAAAAAAAUUAGAAGAUGGUGGAUUGGGGCGUAUAGCUGCACGAGGGUUUGGAUAAGAAAAAAAAACCGUGUAACAUCGUUGUGAUGAUCCUGACGUCCUUGAAUAGUCUCGGGGAGCAAAUCAUGUGUUGAGCUCCAUGGGAUCAGAGAAGACUUAAUUGCAAGUACUGUGUGUGUGUAUGUAUGUGUGUGCGUGCAUGUGUGUGUGCAUCUUCAUAGGAAUGUGAGUGUGAGUUGCCAAUCUGGGAGGGUUUUCAUUCCUCAGGGACUAAAGCAGUCUUCUGUACUGGUGUCUGUUUAAUGGGAUUUAACUCUGUACUAUUAGAAGUGUGUGUGUGUGUGUGUGUGUGUGUGUGUGUAUACGGGUGUAUGGGUGGGUGCUGAUUGGGUAUAAAUGUGUGUAUCUGUGAUGUGGUAUGGUGCCCUCAUCAAGCCUGAGACCUGUACUAGUUGGCCACAGACCUUGGCAGGAGGUAUCCCAAGAGAUGUUAGGCUCCUCUCAAAGGUAGCUGUUGGCUCUUAUAUAAACUGAAAUGUACAGUUAUGAAUCAUAAUUCUCCAAGGUCCUUGUGACCUCUUCCCAGUUGUAAAUAGCUGUAUAAUUUUAUUAAUUUCUUUUGUGUUUUUUUUUUUUUUUUUGC